AUGGUCAGAGCCGUGAUACCCGUAAUCACAGUGAAAGUGAACAUGGAAUCAAAGUCACAAAAAGAGGCAACUACCUCAAUUGGCGGUCGAGAUGGUAAAAAGGAGGUCGGUGUAACAACGUACAUGAUGAUAUACGUGAGACAACGCGCAAGCGCAAAGCCCACAAGCAAGGUUCCCCACUGGGUGUGGAUUGCUGUAGACAGGAUCGAGCCUUGGUGGUGGGAACUCAUCAUCUUGCCCAGUAGAAAGAUGAUCAGACUGGCUACCGGGUUCAUAGAAAAGCCGUACUGA